UUUAAAAGCAUUUUAGGAGGCUUAUAUUUUUGAAAACAUUAUGUUUUUCUUUCUUUUGGUUAGUCUAAGACUUUCUGAAUUUUUGGUGAAUUUUUAAAUUUUUGGUGAAUUCCGUAUCAUUGUACCCAGCCUUGUGCCGGUUCAGUCUUAACCCAACCGGCCCUGAAACACCCGAACCAACUUCCAUAGACUCGGCCCUCCUGUUUCGUUCUUGCCGUCUCCAACGGAAUCACAUUUGAUCCUGAAGGAAACCGCUAUGGCCGCCUCUUCCCUAAUCCGGCCAACACUUGGUCGGCGACUCCCCGUCUCCACCUCCACCGCCGCCUCCACCACCUCCUCCCUGAUCACGCGGCGAUGCCUCCACGAGGGCCCGGACACGGUGGAGGAGCUGCUGGAGCGGCACCUGGUGAAGAAGAGCCCCCGAGACGAUGAAGAGGACGAGCUCGCCACCCGGCGGCGCUUGACGAGCACGCGAAGGGAGGCGCUGGGGCUCUACCGCGACAUCCUCCGGGCGACGCGCUUCUUCACUUGGCCCGACGCCCGUGGUAUCCCGUGGCGGGACAUCCUCCGGGAGAACGCCCGCCGCGAGUUCGAGGAGGCCCGCUUCGAGCGCGACCCGGAGGUCGUCACCCGCCUACUCAUUGGCGGCCGCGACGCCGUCCAGAAGGCUCUUGAUAAGCUCGUCGAGGCCAGCAAGAAGGCGAUGGCCGAGGCCGAGGACCAGAGAAGAGGGGGGAGAUAGGAGAGAGAAAAAAAAGAAAAGAGCCGCUUUUUUGAUUGGUACAAUGCAUUGAUCAACAAGGAAGAAGAAAGGAAGAAAAGGACGAUGUGGUCUCUGGAAAUUAUUGUUUUACUUUAUUCUUGACGUGUUGACCGCUGUCACAGUUUUAAUCCUAGAUACAUGGACAGUUAUAUUUAUGACACAGUUUCGGCACACACUUGCUUUUGCAGUCCUGUUCACUUUAUACAAUUCGAAGCAGCCGCCCCUUGAAAAGUUCAGUUGGUACUUCGAAUAAUUUACAUCACAUUGCAGAUUCAGAGUACAUAAAUUUGACCCAGAAAGAGCUGAAGCAAAUUCCUUCAACUGGUCUCCCUGCCCCGGAAGCAAAUUAGUUCUGCUCUUUAGGGUUCUCUGUCAACAAAAUUGUAGACAUUCAAGUUGGGCAUGCUUUAAUGUUCUCAAGUUCCUAGAGCUUCCAAAUGAAUUGAGCUCACAAUGCUCCAAUUCUCCAA